AUGUCUGCAUAUGCCGUGGCAAAGGAAACAAGCGACCUCGAUGAUCCAACGAAGUCCUGCAUCUACAUCGCACCAGGUGAUGAGCUAGAAGAAGUCGCUCUUUCGGGUCCAUACUCUCCACACGACUGGCGAGAUCUUCCAGAUGGAUACGAACUCCGCAUGCAAGCAUACAAAGAAGCGUGGACACAAUGUUUGAGACACAUGCAGUCGAUCAUACAAGCCCUCCAUGCUCCUGUUGCGAAGGAGGUUGUCGCACAGGUCAAAUCUGCAUACAUGGAUACUCUUCCGGGCCUUCCGUAUGCGGAACUUCCAGCUAUGCUUGUGUUUGGAGGCAGCUCGGGACUGUAUUCUGACAUCAUUCAGCAGCUGGAAGUAUCCGUCGAAGUCGAGGACGACUGUGCGGCAGAUGAAGCGAAAAGCGACAUCACAGCCUCAGAUGGCGCUAUCAUGAUACACCUAUAUCCGGGCGAUUUCCCUAAUUUGACGACUGCAAUGAAGUCCAUCGUUACUGGGUUUAUAGACCAGUCCACAGACUCAGGCCAGAAUGGCAUGAAGCGUAGGCCGGCCGCGUCGCUUGCUACUUACGAUAUCAGCGUGCUGGAUGCCUGGUACAGAUCACUUGACAAGAAGCCCAGCCUUACCAUCUUUCUGCAUGAUUUUGAACAAUUCGAGCCCGCAGUGGUGCAAGAUGUCUUGCACAUACCCGAGUUACCCCUGGUCUACAUCCUGGCGAUGUCAUCCCCACCUAGUCCUUCGUUCCUGCACACAACCUAUCCACGCUCGACACUUGCGCUUCUCAGCAUACACAAGUUCAGUGCGCCCUUGAAUGUUGAGCUCAUAGACGAACUCGUGGAAAAGACUUUCUGUGAUCCGAACUUUGAGCCGGCGGUGAUGCUUGGUCCCGGCUCGCUAGGCUUCCUGGCGGACUUCGUGUCUCGUCACACGGCAUCCGUUGAUGCGACGUUGACGAUCAUCCAGCUCGCUCUCAUGAAACAUUUCACGGAGCCCUUGACAAUCUUCAUCGAAUCUUCAACACUGGGCCUCCGGAACGAACGGCUAGCCGGACAGAAACUGGACCAGCCAGAGUCUCAGCCGUUCCGGGAUGUGCUGACUUCUCGACUAGCCCGUUCCACUUCCAAUCCAGACGACGUCGACGAGGACGCGAUCUCGCUCCUACGCUCUGUCAACGCAGCUCGCGACGGCUUCUAUCGCAAAUUGCGCACGAUGCGCAUCGGACUGUCGGUGAUGAGCAUCGUACGGCAGGCCAUCGAGACCGAAAGGGAGAACGAAAGCAGCAUGCUCGACACCCUGAUUGCCGCGCUGCGUGGGCGGGCGAAUCGGGACGUGCGACAGUUGGCGACGGCCCUCAGCAAAUGCAACGCGCAGCAACUACAGAUAGUCCUGCAAAAACUACAGGCACUGUACGACGGUCUGCAAGACUCCGACGCGCGCGAUGCUGAGAUGGAUGCUCACGUCCGUGUAAGCGGGGCCCUCACAGAGCUCGCAGAUACAGACAAUGCGUCUGUGGAUGCCGAGAAAUCACGCGACCCACUCGUCGCUCGUCUCGCAAAGGACCUCGGCGAGUGGCUCUUCGGGUAUCUGGAGAAACAUCUCAUACGGUUGGACGACGGCCCGCUCUGGGACAUUUGGUACACAGGGUCUGCGCCCUUUCCCGCAGAGCUGAUUAACCCUGCGCCUCGCCCCGCCCUCGUCUCUGCCCUGGCGCACCCCAACGAACAUGCUGCCGCCUAUGCGCGGCUACUCCGCAUGUACAUACCACAAGAUAAGGCUGAGACGGGAUCGGCAGAUCAGGAUGUUCGAGAAGAUGAAGGCGAGGACGAGGACGGACUCCCGGACACGGCGCUCCUCUUCCGGCGGUAUGCGGAAGCGGGGCGUCUGGUGAAUGUGUACGACUGGUUCCAGUCUUUUGCGGGCGCGCUCGACGGGCGGCGCCGCCGAGAGCGUAGGGCCGCUGUCACCUCUUCCGGAAAUGCGCACACACACGGCGUCAGUGGCGCGGUGUCAAAUGGAAAGGGAAAGGGCAGGGCGCGCGCCCAUAUACCGAUGGAGGUUGAUGAGGCCGACGAAGAUGCAGGCAGAUCUGAAGAGGAGGAGAGUGAAUUGGGUGAGGACGAAGAUGAGGAGGCGGCGGAGGCGUGGCGGAUUGAGGUACGGGUACGCUUCAUCCGCGCGCUGCACGAACUCGACUAUUUGGGCGUCGUGAAGCCAACAGGGAGGAAGGCGGACCACGUCGUGCGGACACUGUACGACGUUGUUUACUAGUCGUACCAUACAGUGUAGGUCAGACACUGUUUAUAUCCCCGAAAUGUCAAACGUCCCUCCAU